AUGAAAUGGUCAAUCACCCGAGUCAAGGUGAUACCUCGUGCAGCUGAAGUCUCUCCUCCACCAAUCUUCUCCUCUGCCGUGGUAUUCAGCGCCUUCUGUGCCAUGUCAACCGCUCGAAACCUGCGGGUGUGGUCACAUCGCUCUCCUGCAUCCUCACUCGUCCAUGGCCAUCGGUUCUUCCCCGCUGUGGUCUGCCAGUCUUAUGCUCAUACGGUCAUUGUUUAUCCUGGAUAUCGAGGAAAUAAUUUGCACACCAACGGCACUGUGGAGGAGGCGAACGGUCUUGGGACAGCGUACAUCAACGAUUCGUACGCCUUCCCCUAUGGAAUGCAAUGGAACUAUCCUUGCGGAGGUAUGCCCACAUCAACUAACCGAACCAAAUGGCCCGUCGGUGGUGGCGCCGUGUCUCUCCAACCUGGCUGGUUCCAGGGUCACUCCAAGGCCUUCAUCUACAUCAAUCUGGGUCUGGGUGAGACGCCGCCCAACAUGAGCCACCCGAUGGUGCCCCCGUUCCAGAUCGUGGGCCCCUCCAACAAAGCAUAUCCGGGCACGAUCUGUCUGCCGCAAGUCCCAUUGCCAGCCAACAUCAGUGUGAGUCCCGGUGACAAGGCGACGAUUCAAGUCAUCGAGACCGCCCAGCAUGGGGCGUCUCUGUACAAUUGCGUGGACAUCGAAUUCGCCGAACCGGAAGACGUCGCCGAGGUCACCCGAGACAACUGCUUCAACUCCAGCCAUAUCAGCUUCCAGAACGUGUUUACGACCGAGUCUCUGAAAUCUGGUGCUAUAUCUAGUGAUCAGACGAAACAAGCCCUCCGCAAUGUGAUUCCAUUCCUGAUGGUGGCCGUGCUUGGCUGGAUGAUGGUGUAG